AUGCCUGGUUUACCCACUAGUAUUGACCUGGACGAAUGCAUUUCACGGCUUUACCGCAAGGAGUUGCUUGCCGAGUCGGUCAUCGAGGCUGUUUGCGCCAAAACAAAAGAGCUCUUGAUGAAGGAGAGCAAUGUGGUUCAUAUCAAGGCCCCGGUUACCGUUGUGGGAGACAUUCACGGCCAGUUCUUCGAUUUGCUGGAGAUAUUUCGGAUUGGUGGAUUCUGUCCUGACACGAAUUAUCUUUUCCUGGGAGACUACGUCGACCGCGGUCUUUUCAGUGUCGAAACUAUUUCCCUCCUUGUCUGUUUGAAGCUUCGAUACCCGCAUCGAGUUCACCUUAUCCGCGGUAACCACGAAUCUCGCGGUGUCACCCAGUCCUACGGCUUCUAUACCGAGUGUGCGCGCAAGUACGGCAAUGCCAACGUAUGGCACUAUUUCACCGAUAUGUUCGACUAUCUCACGCUGAGCGUGGUGAUAAACGACGAGAUAUUCUGCGUACACGGCGGACUCUCGCCUUCCAUUCACUCCAUCGAUCAGAUCAAGAUCAUUGAUCGGUUCCGCGAGAUCCCACACGAGGGUCCCAUGGCCGACCUGGUCUGGUCUGAUCCGGAUCCGGAACGGGAUGAAUUCUCUCUAUCACCCCGCGGCGCCGGCUAUACCUUUGGAGCGCAGGUUGUUCGCAAAUUUUUGGAAGUCAACAACAUGUCGCAUAUUCUCCGGGCCCACCAGCUAUGUAAUGAGGGUUACCAAGUCCUUUUUGAUGACCGUUUGAGUACGGUCUGGAGUGCUCCUAAUUACUGCUAUCGCUGUGGUAAUCUGGCUAGUGUACUUGAGGUGGGCGAUAACAUGGAGCGUUUCUUUAACAUCUUUGAUGCUGCUCCGGAGAAUGACAUUCACCGCAGCGAGCAGCAGGCACAGCAGAACAGGGAUUCUCAGCCAGUGAUUGAUUAUUUCUUGUGA